AUGGAGGGCUAUCGACCAGAGCUCCUAGACCCUGAUACUGUGAAUGAGCUUGAGACGCUUAUACCUCACCUAUCUCUACACGAUAGGGCUAUAAUCCAAGACAGAAUGCGGAGACGGAGGAUCUUCAGAAAAUUAGAGUCUGAUAAUGAUCGCAUCCUAGUGUUAGAAAGAAUUACGAAGGUCAGUGGGAGGGUGUUAUCCUUCUAUACCUUCACCAGAGACUUUAUUUACUUCGAGGCCUGUAUGAUCGCUCUCAAAAGCUUGCAGCCUGAAGGGUAUAGGGGAACUAUGUCCGAAGCGUUUUUGGAAAGUUAUAUGCGAGAUCAAACUGGUUUAUAUAAUGUUCAAGUUGCCGAAGAUGUAUUUGAACGUCGUGACGAAGAUGGGGAUGGUAUGAAUAUAUGCUAUCGACAGCUUUUCCUUGCCGUGAUGCGUGACUUUCCGUCCCUUACCGGCCUCAGGCCCUACCAAGAUGACAAGAAGGGAAAGGCUAAGACAUCUGGGGUUCCGUCAGAAAGACUUAUCAAUCUAGCCCAGUUAGCUAUCAAACUGGGUUUUAAGAAUGAUGAGAUCAUGACCUUACAUACUCAUGCUGCAGCAAGCCGAUAUCAAAUCGUCACUGAAGAGUUUCUUAACCAGCUACAGCCUUUGGAUCGGUAUCAUAUUGAUACCGAGACUAACAUGAGUGUCGCUCAGAACGUGUCCGAUCGAAUCAGCAACACCUCGGCUAUUCGGAUGCCUAUAGAAGAAGCAGAACUCACCACAGACUUGGAAAAGCUACCCAAGAAAUUUCGUUGUAGCCGACCGUCUUACAAAAGGUACCUAAGUGAUCGACAGCUCUUAUUUCUGGGGAAUAUCUACCAACAAGAUGUGGUUCCGAGAUCACAUGCAACCUCUUUUGCAAUACAGCGUGAUAUAUUUCUCUCAUUCUUCGGCGAAAUCAAUCCACAUUCCCAGGAAACGGAGGAUGAGCUCUUUUCUAGCCCUGAUUCCUCUGAAAAUAGCUACCACGGCGAUAUGCCCGAGAGCUACGAUACCCAGUCUUGGGAAAACGAAGGAAACCAUACAAAUACGAAUGAGCUCCAAGAUGCGCCUCAAGAUGAAACUGAACAUCAAGAGCAUGAGUCGUCUGGAGAUUUUGACUCUAGGUUGAGCGAAAGCCUCGAGAGCGAUGAUCCACUCAACCAGCCGCAAGCCCGUCAAUCAAGAGCCGAUUCCUGGGAAACCCACUCCAUAUCAACCCUAUCAAACUUUUGGGCUGUUGAUGAGCAGUUGAAGUCACUUGACCCCUUGAUGACGCCUUCAAGCUUUCUUAAUGACUUACUUUCACAAACGGAUGAUAUCCUGCUCUAUUUUUGGCAAACCAGGCAGUACACGCAGCUGUCAAGUAGGCCCCAAGAUGAACAUUUAUUUGACAGCAAGACGCGGCUCCUGGCCAACCAGCAUCAGAUGUUCAUAUCUAUAAGUCGUACUAAGCCACACCUGGUCCUUCCCAGAGAUCUCUACGAUACGGCAAUGCGUGAAAAGCUUAUUUUAGUCGGACCAAAGCAUGAUCGAAUGGGUUUGAGUAGGAGUCUCAUGUCUCAACCCCAGAACAGGAUUUUUGGAUUUCUUGAUAUUGUUAACUUGCGCGAACUAAUUGCUUGA